GAUUGAUGGAAAAGAAGCGUUAGAUCAGCAGGGGCAGAGUACAAUUGUGAAAGACAAACUUUACAUUUAAGACAUUACGUUUAGAUUUAAUUUGCUAUAUAAAUUCUACUGAAUAGCAUGUAUCAUGGGGAAGCUCACUUAUGGCCCAAAAACGUAGGUAUUCUAGCCAUUGAAGUGUAUUUUCCUUCCAUGUACGUAGAUCAAAAUAAACUUGAAGAAUAUGAUGGUGUUAGUAAAGGCAAGUACACAAUUGGUCUGGGCCAAACUGGAAUGGGAUUUUGUGGGGAUCGCGAAGACACGAACUCUCUCAGUUUAACUGUAGUUCAUAACAUACUUGAUAAGAAUUCCAUUGAUCCAAAGCAGAUCGGAAGAUUAGAAGUUGGUACUGAGUCGAUUUUGGAUAAAUCCAAAUCAGUAAAAACUGUACUGAUGCAACUAUUUGAAUCGAGUGGAAAUUCUAAUAUCGAAGGAGUUGACACAAUUAAUGCCUGUUUUGGUGGCACACAAGCUUUGUUUAAUUCUGUUUCAUGGAUUGAAAGUAGUGCCUGGGAUGGUCGACUUGCAAUAGUUGUGUGUGCAGACAUAGCUGUUUAUGCUGCUGGUAAUGCUCGACCAUCAGGAGGUGCUGGUGCUGUUGCAAUGUUGGUUGGACCCAAUGCUCCAUUAGCAAUAGAAAGAGGCAUGCGUUAUGUUCAUUGUGCUCAUGUGUACGACUUUUACAAGCCAGAUCUUUCUUCGGAGUACCCUUUGGUUGAUGGUAAAUUAUCAAUAAAUUGUUAUCUUGAAGCGUUGGACAAAUGUUAUCAAGGUUACAAGUCCAAGGUUGAACAAAAAAAGAAUUCUGAAGGAACUUUUGAGGGCGAUAACGACACAGUUAACUUGGAGUAUUUCGAUUACAUGGUGUUUCAUGUUCCUUUCUCACGUUUGUGUCAGAAGUCUUUAGCAAGGCUGAUGCUGAACGAUUUUCUCCAAGAAAAUCCAAAUAAUGCAGAAUCAACGAAGUACGAAGUUCUCCAUGCCUUUAGGAAGAUCAAGUUAACAGAACUGUCCAAUGAUCCUGUCUUGGCCAAAGACGUAGAAAAAGCAUCAUUAAAAUGUAGCAAAGCCGUUUUUGAGGAGAAAACAAAACCAUCACUGCUGGUCUCUCGAAAUGUAGGCAACAUGUAUACGCCAUCUUUGUAUGCUGCGUUGGCUUCACUAUUUGUCACUAAAACAAUAUCAGAGCUUCGUGGUUGCCGAAUUGGAAUGUUCUCGUAUGGUUCUGGUCUCAUUUCUGCCAUGUUUUCUUUAACUGUGUCGAAAGAUGUGACUCCGCUUUUCCAAAAUCUUGUUAAAAAUCUUGAAGAUAUCCCCGAAAGAUUGAAAGUCAGAACCGAAGUACAACCUAAUGAGUUUGUCAACAUACUUGAAAUUCGCGAAAAGACACACCAUUUGAAUAACCACACUCCUUGGCAAUGUGCCUCAGAUGUUUCUGUGGGGACGUUCUGUUUACUUCAUGUCGACGAAAAGUACCGUCGCAGUUACGCUCGUAGAGUUCCGGAUGGUUUUGUUGAUUUUGAUGGGAAUUGUGUCAUCGUGGACAAACCAGUUACGGAGUCCCCCCUUCCUGCUUGUCAGUUGUAUUAAAACAAGUAAGUAGUCUAGAUAAAGUUUUCACAGAAAUUAAAGUAAUGUCGUUUGGUGGGGUAUACCGUCAGAUUUCUUUGACAUGCUUCCCGAGAGCAAUAUUGAAUUUUUCAAAAAAUACCUUAAUGAAUUAGGAAAGAACUAUUUUAAAUUUUAACAAGCAUAUAGCAGACAACAAUGAAGCAAUUACAUGGUAUUAAAAGCGAGAGAAAGACGAAA